GCCAAAGAGCCCGACCCAGCCACGUCUUCAAGCAGAGCCCACUCACCUCACUGGCACCGGAGACAGCAAAGGAGUCAAGAUGGCCAAAGUCCCUGACCUCUUUGAAGACCUGAAGAACUGUUACAGUGCAAAUGAAGACUACGGUUCCGAAAUUGACCAACUCUCUCUGAAUCAGAAAUCCUUCUAUGAUGCAAGCUAUGACCCACUUCACGAGGACUGCAUGGAUAAAUUUACAUCUCUGAGUACCAAGGAGGCCUCUAAGACUUCCCAGCUUACCUUCAAAGAGAGUGUGGUGAUGGUGGCAGGCAAUGGGAAGGUUCUGAAGAAGAGACGGCUGAGUUUCAACCAGGUCAUCACCGAUGACGAUCUGGAAGCUGUUGCCAAUGACCCAGAAGAAGAAAUCAUCCAGCCCAGAGUGGCAGCUCCCAGCUCCCAGAGUAACAUUAAGUACAUCUUCAAAAACGUCAUCAAACAACGCUGCAUCCUGAAUGACACCCUCCAUCAAACUAUCAUUCGAGACACAUCGGGUCCAUAUCUCAUGGCAGCCGCAUUGCAUGACCUGGACCAAGCAGUGAAAUUUGACAUGGGUAUGUAUACAUCAAAUGACGACUCUAAAUUGCCUGUGACUCUAAGAAUCUCAAAAACGCGACUAUUUUUGAGUGCCCAAGAGGAAGACGAACCUGUAUUGCUAAAGGAGAUGCCUGAGACACCCAAAGUCAUCAAAGAUGAGACCAACCUCCUUUUCUUCUUGGAAGGUCAUGGCACUAAGAACUACUUCGAGUCAGUGACCCACCCAACGUUAUUUAUUGCUACAAAGCAAGAACACCCAGUGCACAUGGCAAGGGGGCAACCGUCUAUCACUGAUUUUGAGAUACUCGAAAACCAACCUUGACUCAAGUCUACUUACUUAUGAAGUGCUGACUGUCUGUAUGUACUAUGUACAUGAAGGGGUCAAAACCUUCACUUAGUCACUUGUUGAGCAUGUGCUGAGCCUUCAUAAUUCAGAAAAAAUGUUUACUCACUUUGUGAAGAGGGAGCAAGUUCCGGUGAACCAACACUAAAUUGUAAUGUUGCUUGUUAUUUAAGGAACACCCUGUACUUUGCAAAGUACCAAUCAUUUUAAUUAUCCUUCAUAACCAUCUUGGGAGGACCAGGGCUACUGGCUAUUGAAAGAGACCCGCUCGUCUUCCAGUGGCCACCUGGCGUGUGCUAGCCAGAUACCUAGAGGGUCCCUGAGUGGACCGGGUGGGAGAUUUAGAAAUGAAAGAAAUCAAAUAGAGAAGAAAGACACAGAGACAAAAGCUGGGAUCAGGAGGGACACUCUGCUGCGGGUGGUGGAGAGUGCCACCGUUUAUUGGUUACACACUGUUUAUAUAGAGAAAGCAAUUUCCUCUUUUGUAGGGAACAAUUCCCUAAAAGCAUAGGGGAUUUGGGCAGGGGGUUAUGGGGAAUGAGGAACCAAUGUCCCUUAUGCAAAGUUUUGGGGGUCUGGAGAAACAGUUUCUCCUAGCCACAAGUUACAUGAUGCACAACAUAAGCCAAUGCUAUUUUCUAAGCAAGGUUAAACUGAGGCAAAUAGACACUGUCAAAAAGUCCAUGGUGGAAAGUCCCAAAGCAUCAGAGUUAUAUUAGGAGGGUGCUUUCAGAGGGUCUGGUGGUUUCAGUUCCAGGGGACUUCUGUUUUCCUAUAGAACAGGAGAUGAGCUGGCUGUUGUUGGGUAAGAUGUCUGUUCAGCAGGUUCUCUUUUGCUGUUCACCCAACAUGGAGUUCUGCAGCUUUCUCAGCAUACAGAGCAUGGAGGCCUGUAACUUUCUUAGCUUGCAGCCUCACUGCUCUCAAGUGGCUCCCAACAGGCUAUAGCUAGCAAAUGACCCGACCCACUUCACAAUGGGUUAACUAAGGCAUCAGAACUAAGCAGUACCCACAAUAGUAACUGGACUGAGAAGCCAGACCCAGUGUCUUGCUUUCUGCUUUUAAGUUGCUGAUGGACCCUUAAUCAAGUACUGUAAGUUUCUGGGACUCAAAUUUGAUCUUCCUCAAAAUGAAGACCAUGAUAUCUGUGCCCUUUCUGCCUCAUCAGUAUUUUAUGAUAAUCAAUGAGAUCAUUUUAGUAAAAUGUUUCUUGAAGCUAAGCCUGAAGAAGGCAAAGCAUGAAAUGUUGUUAUUAUUUAUAUAUACAUACAUAUUUAAGGUAAUUAUAACAUAUUAUAUUUAUGGCAAUUUCUUGCAAUCCCUGAGUGUGACCAGGUACCUUCUACAACAGUGUUUUCCAGGCUGAGUUUGAUGUAUUUACUCUAAGGCACUUUGGUCAAAGUAAUGCUUUUUCCAUUGCCAUGAAGCUUUGUAUUCUGGUACCUGGAUCCCUGUAAUU